GCACAGAAGAUCGCGGAGACGUCGGGAGGCGCCGGCGAGUUCGUCGCAAUGUGCAUUCCCCCAUCGGCCCUCGCCGUCAUAUCCAUCCUGGGCAUCGUCAAGGCUGGAGCUGCGUAUGUGCCUUUGGACGUUCGAUACCCUCCCGAACGACUCGAGAUGCUCUUACUUGAAAGUGGUGCACGACUGAUGAUCAAAACCUCACAGUCGCCGGAGUUCGCCGACAACGCUGACGGUAUCGCUCGCCUCGACGUCUCCGACUUCCUCACCGACAUCGACCUCGCCUCCCCCAUCGACUUCGUCUGCACUCCUCGCACGGAUGCCGCCUACGUCAUGUACACAUCUGGCAGCACGGGUAUGCCGAAGGGGGUGCUCAUC